AUGGAGGAGAUCAAAGAUUCAUCCAUCCUACGUCCGUACUAUGAUCCAGAGACUUUCAAUGUUGGUUAUUCAGCAGUAUUUCAGAAUGACAAAGGUGUCAUCGACCAAAACGGUCUGAAUAUCGCCUCUAAGUUAACAAUAGUAAAUCAAUCGGUGGGCAGCGGCUUGAAGUCGCUUAAUAGAAGUUUAUCAGGUGGUAACACCUUAACUGAGUUAACCACUGGUCUCAAAAACAAAUUUCUUCAUGGAAUCAUGAACUCCAAACACGGUAAUAAUGCCAAAUCCCUUAACGAUCUUGAAUGGAAUGAUUUUAUCAACGUGAAUGUAUGGAGACACCUUCUUGAAAGGUUGCUUAGGCAGCUAUCCUCAAAAUACUUCCAGCAUUUAAUUCGCCAACCAUUCGAAAUUGCAAAGUUGCUUUUGCAAGUAGGUGACUUUGAUUACCUUACAGAUGGCAAUAAAUCAGCCUACUAUAAUGAUAAUGAUAAUGUUAAUGACAACCAUGAAUUUGAAGAUGAUGACGAUGACGAAGCCGAGCCAAACUUCUUCGUCAAUGAGUCACAAGCCAAUCUGAUUGAAAGAGCAGCAAAGGAGGAACAAGGCGUUGCUGAUGAGAAUGGUACCUUAAUCAAACCUGCAAGCAUCCAUACCAUUGAUAUUUUAAACAGUAUUAUGGAUAAAGAAGGUAUACAGGGUGUAUGGAGAGCUAAUAAUACUGAAUUUAUUUAUAAUUUCCUAUCCAUAUCGUUGGAUGCAUGGUUUACUGGUUUAUUAUCUCCGCUGAUGCAAAUUCCAGAUCCAUAUUUUAUUGAUAUCAUACACUCACCAGACGUAACGAAAUCCGCAAGCUUAAUUCUUUUGGCAAGUUGCAUGACAAGACUUGUAUUAUUACCGUUGGAUCUCGUCAGAGUUAGGUUAAUUAUCUCUUCUGUUCGUAACGAUGGUUCCCUUUCUGAUAACGAUAGAUCCUUAAGAAAAUUGUUGAGAAAAUGGUCCUGGAGGGAAAACAUAUCCAAACUAAAUAAGGAAUUGGUCUUUUUGAAUAUAUUAUAUUCCCUGGUAGGGACAGGAUUUAGCAAAUUAACCGGUGCAAUACUAUAUCAUCAGUUCAAUGUUGACAAAUUCACUAAUGUGAUUCUGUACAACACAUUAAAGUUCUGCAGUAAAGUUUGUGAACUCUUCGUAAAGCUACCAAUUGAGAAUCUAUUGAGAAGGAGUCAAGUGAAGUUCUUGUUCACAGAAAACCCAUUCCAAGUACAAUCUGAAAUGUUAAUCAUAAAACCAAGGGAGUACCAAUCCAUCUACCUGACGGUAUUCAAGCAGUGCGACAGAAUUAGUGAACUAUGGCGAGGCUGGAGACUCGGGCUUCUAAGCAUUUUAUGCGGUUAUGGUUUGAAGAUUUUAAAUAAGCCAUCAGAAAUACUCGAAGAGGAGAAGUUUUAG